GCCCCCUCCAUCUGUGUCUGUGUGCAGGAGAAACUCCACCAACACUCUGCCAGCAGCUUUGCUUGGAGAACUGCUCUACUACUCUCUGCAACCUUCUCAACAUCCAAUCAUCAUGGUGACCCAUAAGGAGUUUGAGGCAGCAGGGAAGGAGCCUGGUCUGAUGAUCUGGCGCAUCGAGAACCUGGACCUCAAGCCUGUUCCCAAGAACCUCUACGGCAACUUCUACACCGGAGACGCCUACCUGCUGCUGUACACCACCCGAGCCCCCUCCUACUGCAUCCACAUGUGGCUGGGGGAGGAAUGUUCUCAGGAUGAAAGUGGAGCAGCUGCCAUCUUUUCCACCCAGCUGGACGACUACUUCGGUGGGAAACCAGUGCAGUACCGUGAGGUCCAGAAUUACGAGUCCCUCACUUUCCAGGGCUACUUUAAAUCAGGGAUCAAGUAUAAGAAAGGUGGUGUUGCAUCGGGGUUCCAUCAUGUGGUCACCAAUGAGGCGAAUGUGAAGCGUUUGUUGCACGUUAAGGGCAGAAGGGUCAUCAGAGCCACUGAAGUGGACUUUUCCUGGGCCAGCUUCAACAAGGGAGACUGCUUCAUCGUAGAUCUGGGCAAGGACAUCUAUCAGUGGAAAGGCAGUGAGUGUAACCGCUUUGAGACGGUGAAGGCCUCUCAGGUGGCCAUCGAUAUCCGUGACAACGAGAGGAACGGCAGAGCCAAGCUGCACAUGGUGGAGGAGGAGGCGGAGCCACAGGAGAUUAUUGCUGCUCUGGGCCCCAAACCCACCAUCGCCCCAGCCACACCGGACGAUGAGAAGGUGGAGACGGGCAACAAGAAGAAGGGGGCGCUGUACAUGAUAUCUGAUGCCACCGGCUCCAUGAAGACGUCUGUGGUGGCACCAUCGAGUCCAUUCAAACAGGCCAUGCUGUCGCUUGAGGAGUGCUACAUCCUGGACAACGGCGUGGAUAAUAACGUGUUUGUUUGGAAAGGUUCAAAUGCUAACGUUGCAGAGCGCAGAGCAGCCAUGAAGGUCGCACAGGAUUUCAUCAAAGAGAAGAAUUACUCCAGUAAAACGCAGAUCCAGGUGCUGCCAGCAGGGGGCGAAACCACUCUAUUUAAGCAGUUCUUCUCAGACUGGAAGGAUAAGGACCAGACCACGGGCCCAACCAAGGCUUACACCAUCGGCCAAAUCGCAAAGGUGGAGCAGGUCCCCUUCGACGCCUCCACCCUGCACUCCAACAAGGCCAUGGCUGCCCAGCACAACAUGGUGGAUGAUGGAUCUGGAAAAGUUCAGAUCUGGCGUGUGGAGGAAGGAGCGCGGGUCCCAGUUGACCCCGCCUCAUACGGUCAGUUUUACGGAGGAGACUGUUACAUCAUUCUGUACAGCUACAAACAGGGCAGCCGAGAGCAGCACAUCAUCUACACAUGGCAGGGCUUGAAGAGCACACAGGACGAGCUCGCUGCCUCUGCCUUCCUCACUGUCCAGCUGGACGACUCCAUGGGUGGAGCUCCUGUCCAGGUACGUGUGACCCAGAGCCAGGAGCCCCCCCACCUGAUGAGCAUAUUUAAGGGGAAGCCCAUGAUCAUCCACAGUGGAGGCACAUCUCGCAAAGGUGGCCAGACCCAGGCAGGCAGCACACGGCUCUUCCACAUCCGCACCAGCACCGCCAAGGCCACCAGGGCCGUAGAGGUGCAACCUUGUGCAUCCAGCCUGAACUCCAACGAUGUGUUUGUGCUGAAGACGCCCGACUCACUGUUCGUGUGGAAGGGUGUGGGGGCCAGUGCAGAGGAAGUGGACGCUGCUAAGCAUGUGGUCACCUUCCUGGGAGGGAAGCCCACUGAUGUGGCGGAAGGCAAAGAGCCAGCGGGAUUCUGGGCGGCUUUGGGAGGAAAGAAGGAGUAUCAGAGCUCCAAAGCUCUGCAGAAAACCAUCAAACCACCACGACUGUUCGGCUGCUCCAACAAGACCGGCCGGCUAGUGGUUGAGGAGGUGCCCGGAGACUUUACCCAGUCAGACCUGGCCACUGAUGAUGUCAUGCUGCUGGACACUUCGGAUCAGAUCUUCCUCUGGGUCGGCAAAGAUGCCAAUGAGGUAGAAAAGACUGGUGCACCAAAAAUAGCUAAAGAGUAUGUGGACUCUGACCCCUCCGGGCGACGUGGUAUUCCCAUCACUACCAUCAAGCAGGGGGCCGAGCCCCCCACCUUUACUGGCUGGUUCCAGGCCUGGGAUGCCCAGAUGUGGGACACUGACCUUCUGGAGAGGAUCCGGGCCCAAUUCUAACUCUAAAAUCUCUUCUUAUGCUCUUUGUUUUUGUUAAUUUGCACUUAGCAAGCCUGCUGUGCAAACAGCUACUUUCACAGAUUUCCACACAAUGCCAUGUCACAGAUUAUCACAUCACAGACGGUUCCUUCAGCCAAGGUCAUCUGAACUGAUCUGCUUUUAACUCAGUAAUAAUGCCCACAUUGUUCAUGGCCUGGUUUCCCAAAAGCACUGAAGAACAAAGAUUACUGUUGAUUUUAUCAGUGAUAGACUACGGCUGAUUAGUUUGACUGUUAUUUGAGUAGUUUUUAUAAAUAGGCCUAACAAAAACACUUACCUGUGGCCAACAAUUGCAUAAAAGGGGUGUGUUCAUCAGGCUCUGUUAAGAGAGAACAGUAAGAGAAUUUAAAAUAUGCAUUAUCGUGCUAAUUGCCAACUAAUUGCUGCAGAUUCAUCAAAACAUUUGAAUUAAUAAUUAUUUUGAAUCAGUGGGUUAAUCGAUUAAUCAUGACAGCCAGUAAAGAUCAUCUUAGCAGUACAGUGCUUUUUAGGAAACUGGCCAUACAUAAACUGGUCCCACUUCAUAUUGUCUCUAAUAACUGUGUAGUUACAUGUGAACAACAUAUGCAACAAUAAUGUAAUUACUAAUGAUUUAGUCACUGUUGCAGAUGGAUUACAGAGGUACACCUUUUGUAAUUACACGUGUAUCAGCUUCAGUUGUUAUAUAGGUACAAUGCAUUUACAGAGUGGUAAUUAUAGAAUGGUAAUUUAUGUGAUGUCAUUAGGUUACCUUGUUACAACACAGUUAUUCCACAGUAAUUAUGCAAAACAAAUGUAAUAUUAUGUUAAAAAAGACUUCUGAUCUGUAGUGUAUCAAAAAGAAUAUAAUAAUUACAUGAUGGAAAACUCAAGUUAAUACAUAUGUGUAAUUAGGCUGUACUUCUGUAAUCCAUCUGUAACAUUGCUUAAAUCAUUGGUAGUUACAGUGUUGUUACAUAUGUUAUUGAUGUGUAACUACACAGUUAUUAGAGACAAUAUAAAGAGGGACCCAUAAACUAGCUUGUCUACUGCUCAGGUGACAUCUGGCAUCAUAACUCACGAACCAAAGCCAUAAACAAAGAUAAGUAAGCACAUAACUGGUCCAGUCAGUGAUUAGAUUGGUCAGUUACAUGUCCAAAAAUGUUGAAAGAUGCUUAAAGUAGCGUAAAUCAGGCUUAUUCUUGCCAAAUGACCUUUGUGUUUAGCCAAAAGUCCUCUGUUUACUCUUUUAGUCUUACUUAGAGGUGCGUAUGGGCCUGCAUUCAUUGUGCCAGUGUAAGGGAUGGGAGCCCUAUGAAGCAUGGAUGAUGUAUUUUUAGGCAAACGUGCAUUGCAGACUUCACCAUUGUGUGUUUUUGUUUUGCUUUUAAUAAACUUUUGAUUUUAAAAAGUA